UGCAAAAAAAACAAAAGACUUUUGUUUAUUUUUAAGCUAAAAGUAUCAGAAAAAUGAACAAAAGGGGAAAAUGUUAAAAACUGAACUAUGUUUAAGUCUAUAAAUACAAUUUUUAAAAAUGAAUUCUUUUCCAGAGAAAAGGGGUAUUAGCAAAUAAAUAAAAAAAGAAACAGAAAUAAAUUGUUACUAAUUUAUAUGGAAAUAUAAAAGGUAAAAGCUUUUAUUUUUGUCCCGUCACAAACUUCAAAAGUCACAAAAAUGUCUCCAUUAAAAAUGUGUUUUUCUCUAAUGCUGUUUGAGAAACGGACUGACGUUCUGACGAACCAGGAAUAAUGACUGAAUGAAAUGUGUGUGUGUGUGAGAGAGAGAACAAAACGUGUUUUCUAUUGUCCUCGUCUUAUCUCUGUGGACUUCUCCUGAUAAUCACUUCAUGAACCUCUAAAUUCUCAACAGUGUUGGAAUACGAUGAUCAGCAGGAAUGUGGAGGUGGGUGUGGUCGGUGCGGUGGGUGUAGAUGUGUCCUCUGGGCUCUGUGCAUCCGUCCUCCCAGCACUGCUCAUGUACGUGUAGGUAUAAAAAGCUGGAGCUGGAGUCUCCAGCUUUGUUGAGAUGGAGGAGAAGGUGGAGAACAGACAGCAGUGGGUGUUCGAGGAGUGUGUACAGCCGUGCGUGGGCGAGCUGCUGGGCACCGCCCUCUUCGUCUUCGUGGGCUGUGCGUCCGUCAUAGGGAACGCGGAGUCGGUCGGAGACGUGCAGCCAGCCGUGGCUCAUGGACUUUGUCUGGCCACACUCAUCGUGGUCUUCGCCCAGAUCAGUGGUGGUCACCUGAACCCGGCCGUGUCUCUCAGUGUGUGUCUGUGUGGAGGGAUGCAGCUGCUGCUGCUGCUGCCCUACGUCGUCGCUCAGCUCAUCGGGGGGAUGAUCGGUGCCGCCCUGGCCAAGGCUGUGUUUCCUCCCAGCAUGUACGAGGCUGCAGUGGGAGCAGCUCUUCACCCGGGGACCACCGACCUGGGCCGGGCCACUCUGGCUGAACUGGUCCUGACUCUGAUCCUCACCACCGUGGUCUGUAUGGUCACCGUCAACAAACAAACAAGGUCGUCCUGGGCGCCGUUCUGCAUCGGACUGAGUGUGACGGCCAACAUACUGGCAGGAGGGUCACUGUCUGGUGCCUGUAUGAAUCCCGCCCGGGCCUUUGGACCAGCUGUGGCUGCUAAUCAUUGGGAACAUCACUGGAUCUACUGGGUGGGACCAACCUGCGGAGCGCUGCUCACCGCUCUCUUCAUCAGGUUGAUGUUGGGAGACAAGAAAACCCGACUUUUCCUAAAAUGAACUUCAAGCUACGAACAUUAUUCCUUCAUGUGCAUCUACUGUAUAUUUGACUCUUCCUCCAUGCAUAUUUUUUAUAGCUGCCGUGUGAUUCAAGCUAAUUUGUUCAUUUAAUUCUUCUUAAAAAUUAUAAAAUAUUUUUAAAAAUAUGCUUUCAUAGUUUCAAAUCAUCGAGUCAAAGCCAUGAUAAAACUGUACUUGUACUGUACUGUAGUAAUAGAGCUGGUUGUAGUUUUGGAAGAAACUGGUUGUAAAAUAAUAAUCAGUAAAGGAGCAAUGGAGCUAUUUUUCUGACAUGGUUCAUUCACCAUUAAGUUGUCAUUCGUUUUAAUUGCUGUCACUUAAUUAAUAAAUGUCGAAUUAAUUAAUACCGUUCCAGUUGUGUCGGAAAAGAACGUAAGACUAAAAGAAAAGCUAAAGAAGCUAAGUUCGCUACAGCACUGUGUAAAUGCUGUGUUCAUGUCAUGACGAUUGUCAGACGCAGACGGUUGUGCUCAUUUUGACCAGCAGACGGCGACAAUGUGUAAAAUUGAAAAUAAAAACAUCUUAUAUUCUUAGGUCUCAGCAAUGUACAAGAGAUAAGAUUAAAAACUGCGAUCCUUCACUAAGAAGACUAACUCUCUGACCACUAGAUCAAGGACCACUACAUCUAGUCACUAGUAACUUGAGGAAAAUACAUAAAAUUAGUAAAAUGUGACACUUUACUGAAAUUGUUAUACUUUCAAUACUCUCACGUUUACACAACUCGAUCCCCAAAAAUAGAAAUUCUCAGAAACAACACACAUCGUCAAAAACAUUAAACAAAGUAUGUGUCGAUCUGUAUUAUCCUCACCAAAAAUGCUAAAGGUAUCAUGGCUAUGUCACAAAAACCCACAAAGUUAUAUUAUAUUAUGACUGAGAAAGUAAACAUAUGAGUAACUCAAUGGAAAUGAUAAACACUCAUGUUUUUGUCAAUCCCAGAAAACACCACAAGAGACACAUCAGCUUUAGUUAAUGUGAAGUUUAUUUGUAUCUUCUUAUAUUUGACAUUUUUCGGCAGCGUCCAUGUGGUGGCGCUAUGCCAAUAUGCCUGUCGCUGACUGGGUGCAGUUUAGCGGUAUUUCUCGGACAGAGCCAGAGCCACGUUGGCAAGGAAUUUGUCGAA